AUGGCCGAAUCGAUCACGGAAGGGACCCUUGCACAGUUUAGCCGGAAGGCUGGAGACUUUGUUGAAGAAGACGAGGAGCUAGCCACAAUUGAGACCGAUAAGAUCGAUGUAUCUAACGCUGCAUUCUUGACAACAUUCAAUGAAGUUGAUAUGUCCCAUAUUAUCCACUUCCGAAAGAACAAUAAAAGAUCAGUCUUUGAGAAACACGGCGUGAAGCUCGGUUUCAUGGGAGCGAUGGCUCUCGCGUCAGCUCUUAGUCUUAAGCAAAUUCUGGCUGUGGACGCUUCUAUUGGAAAUGGUGAUACAAUUGUUUAUCGCGAUUAUGCGGAUUUGAGCGUUGCUGCGACUAUUCCAAAAGGCCUGGUUACCCCGGUCUUACGAAACAUUGAAUCUGUGAGCAUCAUUGAGAUUGAAAAGGGCAUUGCCGACUUGGUUUUUAAGGCCCGAGAUGGAAAACUCACGAUGGAUGAUUUGACGGGUGGAACUUUUACAAUUAGCAAUAGUGGUAUUUGGGGGUCUUUAUUUGGUACACCUAUUAUCAACAUGCCCCAGACUGCUGGAAUAGAAACAUAUGGUAUUCAGGACAGACCAGUCGCUAUUGAGGGGCGAGUUGAAAUCAAACCGAUGAUGUAUAUCGCACUGACAUACGACCAUCGACUUAUUGACGGACGAGAGGCAGUCACAUUCUUGAAAUUGGUCAAAGGCUAUCUAGAGAGACCGGAGAGUAUGCUACUUGAAUGGUUGAGUUUAGCAUAA